AUGGAAAUCACCGGUUCAACUUCUAAGCGGUUUGUUGGAGCCAUAGCAAUCUCGGCAUUUGUUCUUCCAGCUGUGGCCAUGGCAACAGAGUUUACUGUUGGAGAUGACCAAGGAUGGACCAUCAAUUUCGACUAUGAAGCCUGGGCCAUGGACAAAGUAUUUCAAGUUGGAGAUGAACUAGUCUUCAAAUACACGGCGGGACGGCACAAUGUCUUCAAAGUGAAUGGUACGGCCUUCACGAACUGCACUAUGCCACCAGGAAAUGAAGCUCUUACCACUGGAAAUGAUGUAAUUACACUGGCUACCCCUGGAAGGAAGUGGUACAUUUGUGGUGUAAACGACCAUUGCGCCAACUAUGGACAGAAGCUUGCCAUCACUGUAUUGGAAGCGUCGGCAUCUCCUGCACCAGCCCCCUCCAUCCCCACAGCACCAGCAUCCAGCUCUGCUCAUGGGAUCUCUGGGUCCGGGUAUCAUCUUCAGAUGGCAGCCAUGGUUUCUGUUGCAUUCCUAGCUUUGUCUCCAAUGGCUUCCAAGCGGUUUGUUGGCGCCAUGGCAAUCUUGGCAUUUGUUCUUCCUGUUGUGGCCAUGGCAACCGAAUUUACAGUUGGAGAUGACCAAGGAUGGACCAUUGAUUUCGACUAUGAAGCCUGGGCCAAGGACAAAGUAUUUCAUGUUGGAGAUAAACUAGUCUUCAAAUACACGGCGGGACGGCACAAUGUCUUCAAAGUGAAUGGUACGGCCUUCACGAACUGCACUAUACCACCAGCAAAUGAGGCUCUUACCACUGGAAAUGAUGUGAUUACACUGGCCACCCCUGGAAGGAAGUGGUAUAUUUGUGGUGUGAACGACCAUUGUGCCAACUAUGGACAGAAGCUUGCCAUCACAGUGCUGGAAGCGUGGGUGUCUCCUGCAUCAGCCCCCUCCACCCCCGCAGCAUCAGCUCCCUCCACCCCCGCAGCGCCAGCCCCCUCCACCCCCGCAGCAUCAGCUCCCUCCACCCCCGCAGCGCCAGCCCCCUCCACCCCCGCAGCACCAGCCCCCUCCACCCCCGCAGCACCAGCCCCCUCCACCCCCGCAGCACCAGCACCCAGUUAUGCUUAUGGGAUCUCAGUGUCUGGGUAUCAGCUGCUGAUGGCAGCCAUGGUUGCUGUUGCUUUCCUAGUUAUUUGA